UCAACAAUCUGUCGUAAAACACGUUCGGUAGCCGUUAAAAACUCGUUAGUGACGAAAGAUCUUGAUCCACCGAUACGCUUCAACUAAUUAUGAAGUGCUGGAAGAUACAUGCUAAGCAAUGAAAAGUGUCUUUUUGAUAAUUGCCAGUUCACUGGUUCUAGUGAGUACGGUUCGGGCCGCGACUUAUACAUUGCAGUUCAACAAUGCCAAUGCAGGCGCAACGCUGAAUACUACUUCGAGGGUGCUGACUGUACAAAGAAGUGGUAGAGUGGUGCAGAGUGUCCUCUUGGGACAGGACUUGGUGUCAUUGGCGAAGUACGAGGAGAUCGCUAAUGGAUUCAAGAUAUCCAACGCAGAUGGUGAAGAGAUUGAGUUUGUAAAGGAUGUAGAUACAGCGGACUUUUCGUUGUUUACGAUUGCACGAAGGGUUCGACACCGUUCAAAAGUAGUAGCGGAUUGCGUUCGGAUUUCUGGCUCGAACUGGUACGGCGGACCGCAACAAAAGUAUCAAUACUGGCCGAUACAAAAGCUACGAUUUAGUGAGUACUCGUUUUUGACCAAGGAAGCGGACAACUGUGCUGUGGCCGAUCGGUACUGGCUGAACUCGUUGGGUUCGUUUGUCUACGUGCACGAUGAAACUCCGCUGUUCAUCGAUCAGAACUACGGUCAACCUGGAUACAUGUGCUUGGAGGCGAAAAAAUCUCUACCCUAUGAUAUCUAUGAUUUCACGUACUCAUUCGUAUACCAGAUCGGAGUAGCAAAUGACGCGAAGGAAGCGCACAUGGCUGCAAUACGCAAUAUAUUGGGCAAACCCACUGGACAUCCCGCUGAAGCGAUGGUCAAAUAUCCAAUAUGGUCUACGUGGGCGCGAUACAAAAGGGAUAUUGAUCAACAUGUUGUUUUGGAGUUUGCAAAUGAAAUAGUCAAUAAUGGUUGGCCCAACAGUCAAUUUGAGCUUGACGAUGAUUGGGAAACAUGCUACGGGGCGUUGAAAUUCAACACUACGAAAUUUCCCAAUAUUAGACAGACAAUCGAUGCCAUACGAGCGGUAGGUUUCCCCAGAGUAACGAUCUGGAUUCACCCGUUCAUCAACAAGGGAUGUGAGCCGAUAUAUUCUCAAGCAAAACGAGAUGGAUAUUUGGUAGCGGAUCGUAGCGGAAAUACCGAUACGCAGUGGUGGAACAGCAAUACGGGACAGGCCGCUUACGUAGACUUCACUAAACCAGUAGUGGCAGAAUGGUUUACAAACCGAUUGCAGGCAAUUCUAGACGAGAGUGGGAUCGAUAGUUUUAAGUUCGACGCCGGAGAGACCAGCUGGACUCCUCCAGAUCCGGUGCUUAAUGGGCCGAGGUCCAACCAGCCGAAUAUGAUCGUAGACGAUUACGUUCGUACAGUAGCGAAAUUUGGUGACUUGGUUGAAGUACGUUCCGCUCAUCUCAGUCAGGAUCUACCAAUUUUCGUCCGCAUGAUUGACAAGGAUUCCGAGUGGAACUGGAACAACGGGUUGCCAACUCUGAUCACAACCCUGUUGCAAAUGAACAUGGUCGGAUACCCGUUGGUACUUCCGGACAUGGUCGGGGGAAAUGGAUACAACGAUCAUCCCCCGAACAAAGAGAUGUUCAUCCGUUGGUUGCAAGCCAAUGUAUUCAUGCCCAGCAUCCAGUUUUCGUACGUACCGUGGAACUACGAUAAUGAAACGGUACAGAUUUCCAAGGCGAUGACUAACCUACACGAGAGGUAUACUCCGCAGAUUAUGGAACGCUUCAGGUUGGCUGUUUCCGAUGGCUACCCGGUGAACCCACCUCUUUGGUGGAUAUCGCCGAACGAUACAGAAGCUCAAAAAGUUUACGACCAAUUCUUGCUGGGAGACAACAUCAUUUCGGCGCCAGUGACCAAGGAGAACGCUCGGGCUAGGGAUAUUUAUCUACCGGCCGGUAACUGGGUUGAUGGCAACUCGGGCACGACACAUUCUGGACCCAAAUGGAUCAGAAACUAUGCAGUUCCUCUGAAUAUGCUUCCGUAUUUCGUUAGAAAUACGUAAAGUGUGCCGAAUAAAGAAAAAGAAACUCUGUACCGAUAGAAUUGUUAAAUAAAGUGAUUGAAAUUCAAA